AUGGCGGGGAGAGAGCAGCGCGCGGUGGUGCUCCUCCCGGUGCGCGCGCUCGACGGCCGCACCACGACCGUCCGCCUCCCCGCCGCGGCCUCCGUGCGGGACCUCAAGGCGGCGCUGCGGGCCUCCUUCCCGCCCGCGCAGGCCGCCUCGGCCUUCCACCUCUUCCUCCGCGGCGGAAAGCUCCUCCUCGACGCCAAGCUCGCCGGCCUGUCCCUCGCCCUGGGGGAGUUCGUCUCCCUCAUCCCCUUUGCCGCCAGGCCCGCGCCGCCGCCCGUGUUCGCCUCGGACAAAAAGAGGAAGUUCUUUGCGUCCUCUUGGCACGGAGAGGAUGUCUAUGCCAAGAUCGCCGGGGUGGCCAGCAGCAACCCUGCCUCAUCGUCCUUCUACUGCCACGGCGAGCAGCCGCUGGGCCCUGCGCCGAUGGUGGACCACCUCAAGCAAGGGCUCGGGAAGCACGGCCAGGUCAGGCAUGUCCAGGAGAUCCCCGGCAGGGAGGCGUCCUUCUCCCCGCUCCCUCCUCAUCUCUCGCAGCCCACGAGGGACGCGCUCAACGCCAUCGGAGUCACGAGGCUGUACAGCCACCAGGCUGAGGCCAUCGAGGCCGCCGUCUCCGGCAAGCACGUCGUCGUCUCGACCUCCACGUCCAGCGGCAAGUCCCUGUGCUACAACGUCCCCGUGCUCGAGUCCGUCUCGAGCCCGAGUUCGACGUCGUGCGCGCUCUACAUCUUCCCGACCAAGGCGCUCGCGCAGGACCAGCUCAAGACUCUGCUCGAGAUGACCAAGGGGCAGCAGUGCGAUUUGGAUGUCAGCAUCUACGACGGCGACACUCCGAUGAAAGACCGUGCAAAGGUCAGGGACGGCGCGCGGCUGCUCAUCACCAACCCGGACAUGCUGCACAUGUCCAUCCUGCCGUGCCACGCGCAGUUCAGGAGAAUUCUGUCCAAUCUCGAGUACGUUGUCAUCGACGAGGCGCAUUCGUACAAGGGCGCCUUCGGCUGCCACACCGCGCUGAUCCUGAGGAGGCUGAAGCGCAUCUGCGCAGAUGUCUAUGGCAGCCAUCCCAAGUUCAUAUUCUGCACCGCGACAUUGGCGAACCCCCGGGAGCACGUCAUGGAGCUGGCCAAGCUCGACGACGUCGAGCUCGUCCAGAACGAUGGGAGUCCUUGCGGCUCCAAGUACUUCCUCCUGUGGAACCCGGCGGUGGCCAGGGCGCAGGAGAGGCGCCCGAGCCCGAUACAGGAGGUCUCCUACCUGCUCGCCGAGAUGGUCCAGCACGGGCUCCGCUGCAUCGCGUUCUGCAAGACGAAGAAGCUCUGCGAGAUGGUGCUCGCGCGUACGCGCGAGAUCCUCGAGGAGACGUCGGUGGAGCUCGCGGAUUCCAUCUGCGUGUACCGUGGUGGCUAUGUCGCAGAGGAUCGGAGGAAGAUCGAGGCUGACCUCUUUGGGGGAAAACUUCGCGGCGUGGCGGCGACGAAUGCUCUUGAGCUUGGGAUCGAUGUCGGCCACAUCGAUGCGACAUUGCAUCUCGGGUUCCCCGGAAGCAUUGCCAGCUUCUGGCAGCAGGCAGGGCGAUCUGGACGGAGAUCGAAGCAAUCAAUUGCUGUUUAUGUUGGCUUUGAGGGUGCUCUGGAUCAGUACUUCAUGAACUUCCCACAGAAGCUCUUUGGUAAGCCGGUUGAGCGUUGCCAGGUCGAUUCCCAGAAUCAGAAGGUCCUGGGGCAGCAUCUUGCCUGUGCUGCUUUCGAAAAGCCGUUACAUCCGGAGCACGAUGAGAGAUACUUUGGUUCUGGUAUGAACAGUGCGAUGGUGACACUGAAAGACAAAGGAUGUCUGAUGAACAAUCAGGCUGAAGAUUCAGGCGUGUGGAAAUAUGUUGGAUCUGACAAGAGCCCUUCGCGUACGGUGAGCAUACGAGCAAUAGAACAUGAUCGGUACAAGGUGAUUGACAAGCAAGGUUAUCGAGUGCUAGAGGAGAUCGAGGAAAGCAAGGCUUUCUUUCAGGUGUAUGAAGGUGCUGUUUACAUGCAUCAAGGCUGCAGCUAUUUAAUUGAGAGGCUUGAUCACUCCUCAAGGACAGCUUACUGUAGAGUAGCUGAUCUCAAGUACUACACUAAAAUUCGAGACCACACCGAGAUCAGUGUCCUUGAAGGUGAUAUUGCUUUGCUUCCUACAAGCGCGUCAUCUAAAACUGACAUGAUCAGGACAACUGCUCAAGCAAACGAUUGCAAGGUGACGACCAAAUGGGUCUGCUUUGACCGGAUUUGGAAAUCGAACAACCUGUUCUCUGACAGCAUUAAGCUUGACUUGCCUCCAUACUCCUUCGACACUCAAGCUGCUUGGGUUAGUGUUCCCAAAUCGACAAGGGCAGCCAUCGAGCAAAGGAAAUUGGGAUUUCAAGGUGGUGUUCAUGCUGCGUCGCAUGCUCUUCUAAGUAUAGUACCUUUGCAUAUGAUGUGCAGUACUUCUGAUCUCGGGACACAGUGUGCAGACCCUCAACAAACAUCUGAAACUCCUGACAGAAUUCUGAUCUAUGAUAAACACCCCGGUGGCAUCGGCUUGGCAUCACAGGUCAAGCUGCUCUUUGGGGAGCUGCUGGUUGCCGCUUUACAACUUAUUUCAGCAUGCGGCUGUACCAACUUGGAUGGUUGCCCAAAUUGCAUCCAGUCAUUUGCAUGUGGCGCAUAUAACAAGAAUCUGGAUAAGGCGGCGGCAGUUUUGAUUCUCAAAGGAGUAAUUGAAAACGAAACGUUGCCUGUUUAUGGCAAAGAUGGUUCUCAGCAGAACUGA